GCAGAAGGCAGGGGUUCCUGAGCACGCGGCGAGUGCCGUCGAGUGCUGGACGUGCGUGCGUGUCGUACACGCACGGGAGGUGGUGCACGCGUAGCCGCUGCUAUAAACGACGUGCACGCGACGUGCACACGACGGUCCCGUGGAAGAAUUAUGGUGCAAAUUGCCGCGAGGAGCCGCGUAUUCGGUGCAUCGCUCGUGACGGCCACGCUGACGUUGACGCUGCUAUUGUCGCUCGUCGAUCAAGUGUCUUCUAAACUGUGCGAUGGAGGACACGUCUGCUCUCCUCCGAAAAAUUGCUGUCAGCAUGGCUGUUGUUAUAAUGUCUUCACACCGGUACAUCCUCAUGUUUCAGAGAUGUUCAAUUUCUUGAUUUGGACUUAUUGGUACUUAUGGGUAGCAGUGCUCGCAGCCUUGGCCAUAGCCGCAAUAUGCGGCUUUUGGCUAUGGAAGCGCCGUCGUGCAGCAUUGUCGGAAGAUUCCGUAUCUUCGGAAAGAACCUCCACAGGACCGUGGUAUCCACCCCCUCAUUACAGCCGAUGUAGUUCUUUUGUUCAGGCAUUGCCACCGCCAUACAAUGAGGUGACCGCGAAACCAGACCUUUAUCCAUUGGUGAUCGGUUAUGACGACACCUUGGGCAAAGGAACUUCCGGUUUUGUGAUGCGAUACUUCAGAUCGCUGUCUCAUGCAAGCACGUUGGACUCGUUGAGUUCCAGUUUUAUGUGUAACAUGGUGAAUGAAGCGAAUACCAUUAUUCCACCGCCGUACUCCUGCAACAAUAGCGUCGACGAAUUAUCAGCGGUGGAAUGCGAGAGAAGAGAGACCGGUGAUGUUGGUUCGGUUGUCUCGCUGACAAAUCACAGAACAACUUCUGACAUAUCAAGCCUAGCUGCUCAAUCGCCUUGUUCUCCCCCGAGGGCUACCAGCCCGACAAUAGAAUUGCGAGAAUUGUUGGACAAGAUACAGCAACUUCCUCAUUUGUCCAACGGACAUGCUACCGCCGUGCAUUGCCAGCAAAAUUGCCAGACUCCGAUCUUAUACGUAACAAACAGCGAUGGUACUACGCAACAACGGCCUUUAAGUCCCAGCGAUGUCGGCUCGUACAAAGUAAGGAGGACUCGUGGCAAGCUGUACAUGCCGUUGGGAUUGCCGAGUUCGCGGAGUAAAACCAAACGGUGGUUGUCACGCUCCGCGCCAACGACACCCUCGGGAACGAUACCGAUGUCCUUCUUGCCGGGGCAGAGUAGGAGGCCUUCAGAGACCGACAACAAUAAUCAGCAAGCGGUGCCGCUGCUUUAUGAGCAAGAUGAGAACGAGCACAAUAAUGCAGAUCAGUCUUCGUCGGGUGUUCCUCUGCUCACUGAACAAGAAGAGGAUCAACAGGCAACAUGACACGUGGUCUAAAUUGUUCAUGUUACUCAACGACCGACAUUGCGAGGAUCUAACGCGAGAGUUGUCGAUAUUCACACACACACACACAUAUACACAUACACACAUAAUCUAAAUAUUUUUUAUUAUGGCUCCUGUAUUAAAGCUCGUCAUGUAUACUUUUGUCAUAAAGUUACGCACAUUCCAGAUAUAUAUUUACAAUUAGACGCGCAUAAUGACUGUUGCUUAAAAAUCUUUAAUUAAAAAUCU